AUGUUGUUAAAAUGUGAAGGGUAUCACGUGAUUGGACACGCCUUAGCGCAGCUGGCGGCUCUGGACCUCAGCCCAGAUUUUCCUCCCUGCAUCUCAUCGACUCUCCCCAAAACAGCUCAUCCAACAUUUCCGGCCAACUCAAUCACUCGGACGGCCGAGCGCGUUUCGCAAGAGGAGGCUCCAGAUAACCCCCAACCUGCAUCUGCAUCACGCCAGAUGAAAGGCCUCACGGUCGGCAUUGACGGUUUUGGAACCGUGACCGUGGCGCCGGUUCAUCUUCUUGCGAGACGUGAAGGCCCCCUGGAUAGCUGGCGAGGUGGACCGCGGGGCAUGAAUCAACCGGCCGCCUACACCCCCCUCGAGUCGCUGUUGCUAUUCCAGUCAGUGGUGACCAAUGGAGUCGACACUGGGGCCUUCGCGCGCAUCUCGGAGUCUCUGAUUAGCAACUCGCUCAUCAAGGAUGAUCCUACAUACGAUCCCACGCGACUGCAACCGGAUGCGCUGCAUCAGCUGUUCCUGCUGCUGCUAAGGGAGGAGCUGAGGACCGAGGCGGAGCGUGGGGAUGCGACAGCAGAUGGAUCACCAGGGUCAAGGAAGAGGAAGUUGGGGACACCACCGCUGCCGACGCUUAAGGAGGUCUACGAAAAUGUCGAAAAAAUACCCGCGCUUGUCGACACACUCUACGCGCGAUACCGCGAAGGCAUCGUCAAGCAGAUCCGCGAGGAUGAGCGGCGGUUCGAGAAUGUUCGCGGCGAGAUUCAGUUGCUCGAGCGGACUGAGAGAGAGCGACGCGCAAGGGCCGCAAGUCAGAAUGGAACACCGGUGCUCGCCUCGCGGGAUGCGAAGCCUGUCCUCGCGCCUAAUGGACCGGCUGCAUCACCGACUCCAACCCCGAACUCGACGACACCGGCAGCUGUGCGGAGGGGACCUACACCGCAUACACCCGUUAUCCCACCAAAGCCUCCAGUUUCUCACGUUGCGCCACCAACUGUUGCUCCGCCGAGUCAUCUCCCCUCUGGAACGCCGCCAGUCCGACCUACGGCAUCUCCAAAGCCUCCUAAUGGGAGUGGUUCUGUUCUUCAACCUCCCGCAGGUGUUCCUCAAACUGGUCCUCGACCGUUGCAACCACCACAAGCGCACCCUCCAAAGCAGGCACUUACUCCACGACCCGAGGUUGGAAUCAAGCCAAAGGAUGCCAAUGUAACUCCUCAGACUGUGACGCCGGUAGCGGCUCCCCUCAAGUGGGAGAAGCCAUAUCAGCCUCCUCAAGCAGCUCAUUCGACUCCACAACGACAAUAUCAGCCUCCUGCACAAGGACCGACGGUUCCUCCAGGGGUGCAGCAUCAACCACAGCAGCACGUACAACACCCGCAACAGCAACAGCAACAGCAUUGGUACCCUCAGCAGAAUGCUCAGUUUUCCCCUCAAACUGCUGCUCAACCUCGCCCCCAGACACCGCAACACGCUCAACACCAGCCUCGACCACAGGCAGCUGCUCAACAUCCGCCCCAGGUUCAGCAAGCUCAGCACCAGCCGCAGCAACAGGCCCAGCAACAGGCUCAGCAGGCCCAGCAUGCGAAACCGCAGCAUCCGCAACGACCAAAUCCCCCUCAAACUCCCCAAACUCCCCAGCACCCGCAGCCCUCUCUACCACAGCAUGCCACUCCCCAACAGGCUCAACACCCUUCGCCGGCACAACGUGCUCAGCAAGCUCUGCCUGUUCAACAGACUCAGCAGGCUCAACACGCUCAGCAUACCCCGCAACACCAACAGCAGCAGCCGCAGCGACCGGCUUCUCACAAACCGGUCCUUGUGCCUCCUCAGCAUGCGGGCCAACUGGCACCUCCUUUGCAGCCAGCGCCUCCACGACCAAGUGGCGAAACCAAUGUUCAAGCCCCUCAAGCUCGACCAGCGUCAACCACGCCUGUGCCGCACCCAAGCCGCCCUAUUCAACCGCCACAAGGACAAGCACAGCAGGUCCCUCGUCAAAUUGCGUCAGCCUCUCCUACUCCUUCUGCAGGAAGUACUGGCCCUAUUGCUCCACCACAACAAAGAUGGCCACCAGGAUAUGUACCUCAACAGGCACAACACCCCUCCCCAUCUGGUUCUCCCGCACCUCUGGCAUCGAAAGCGGAUAACAAGGCUUAUACUUCUCCUUAUGUUGCUCAACCCCCACGACCUGCGAUUCCUGAACAUAUUAUCCGCCAAGCCGUCAAUACACCUGUCAAGCGGCUUGGAACACCUUCUACACCACAUACCCCAAUUUCAGCUACACCAACACAUCUCACACACGGUUUUGGAACUAGAUGGGCCUCACAAUCGACACCUUCCACUCCACGUCCCCUUAGUGGGGAACCCCAAAGUCCCGCGUACGAGCCAGUUAGCCCUCCUCAAAAGCCAGCAGCCUUGCCCAGCUCUGCUGGCUCAACACCAAGACCCAAGCGACAGGCGCCCAAGUCGGUACCAAAGGUGGAGCCCAAUGUCCCCAAGUCUAUUCGAGGACGAUCGGCUCGAGCGGCACCCAAGAGUCGCGGGAUUAGUGCUACUCCGUCCUUGACUCGAUCCAGACGUAGUCAGUCUGUCAUGUCUCAUACGGAUGAUCACACGACACAACCCUCUGAGUCGGCGCCCAAGAUUAAGGAUGAGGAUGCGACACCUCGGCCUACAGAGGACACUGGUGAUACCACGGCAGACGAGAGUGUUCCCGGUCGACCCCUGAUUGUGACCCCGAGCAGCGUGUCGUCGCGACUGCAGAAGCGAAAGCGACAGGAUACACCUUCGGAUCCUGCGCCGGCGACGACGCAGGUUCUGUGGACUCGUGGUUUCACCAAGGUUUCCUCGUCGGCUUUGGACCAGAUCUCCAGUCACCGUGAUGCCAACAUGUUUGCAACCGCCCUUCGGGAGAAGGACGCGCCCAACUAUCACCAAAUUGUGCUGCAGCCACAAGAUAUAACGUCCAUCCGCUCUGCUAUCAAGCAUGGUAAUAAAGCAGCGGUCCAGGCAGCCGCGGGCUUACCAGGUGGCGACCCUGGCACAGCGCACGUGUGGCUGCCGCUCUCUGAUGAGCUCGUCCCUCCUAAGGGCAUCAUCAACAGCGCCCAGCUUGAACGUGAGCUUGUCCACAUGUUCUGCAAUGCCAUCAUGUACAACCCCGACCCAGACCGUGGCCCUGGAUCAGCGUUUAUGAAACGGUCUCAGGACGAGGAAGAGGAGGUGGUAGGCUAUCGCCUCGACGAGAACGGCGUGGUGAAGAACACCCGCAGCAUGUUCGUUGAGGUCGAGAAGCUCCUGGGCGAGCUACGGAGCGCAGAAAAGGAGCGCAGCGCGCCACCGCCUUCUACCAACCGUCCUGCAAGUGUCGCCACACCCGCCGAGGAGACGGGUGAUGAUGAUGACGAGCCAGGUGAACGUGAGACGGGGACGGUUAAGAGACGUCGAAUUGGAACCAGGGGUUGAGUGAAGCUUCACCGCUCCGAGGUCACAACGACUUUGGAUGUUGGCUUUGUGCGCUGCAGAGUGAAGCGCAGCUUGUACUUUUUUGAUUGUGUACAGCGUCUAGAAUACUGAGCUAGCUCAUUGUUAAUUACCCACCACUCAAGCAUCCCAUCGACUGAUGCGUGUA